AAAAACGGGUUAGUCUAAUGGAUGCUGACACAGUGAAUAAUGCAUCUACUUCCACCAAAGGUGUUAACACCAAUGAAGUGGAGGCAGAAUCAAAUACAGUAGACUCUCUAGAAGUUUUGUCUUCCAGUGGUAAUGUCAUGCAAGAAGUAGGAAGUGUCGGGGAGAUUUUAACAAGGCUUGAACUAGACUUGGCAUGUGUCUCUGAGAAACUAGUUAAUUUGGAUUUAUUUGUGAUGCAUGUGGAAACAAGAGAAAGUGACUUUGAGGCUUUUGCCUCUGAGAAGGAGGGCACUUCAAAUGACAUUGUUGAGAAGGCAAUAGAGUUUGAUCUCUUAUCUGGGGUCCUGGAUUCAGAGGUGACGGAGCUAGGCGGUUUAUUAUCCUCUGUUGCAAUAGAGAUUGACAAUGUGCGGAAGGUCAUAUCUUCACGUGGCUAUGUGGAUGAGGCUUUCAUUUUAAUAGAAGAGAAGUUACAUGACAGUGAAAAAUCCCUCAAGCAGUCGCAGGACCACCUUUUAGAAUUGAGGGUGCAGUGUACCAACUUCCAUGGGAUUAUGCUCACCUCCCAGGGGGACCAAAAUUGGGAAGAUAGCGAGGCAGCAGACUAUUUUAACGGUGAUGCACUUUUAACUCCAAAGAUGAAGAUAAAAAUGCAGACUGUUGAACAGCAGAGACACAUUCUGCGGAUGCUGGAGAAGUCUUUGGCCAGAGAGUUAGAUCUUGAGAAGAAGCUUACUGAAUCUAGACAAGUUGAAGAAGAAUUAGAAGUCAGGUUGCAGCAAGAAGCUUUAUACAUGGAGGAAGAAAUUGAAGAUGCUUCGCAAAGGUUGUUUGAGGGAGAGAAUGCUGCUGAAGUCCUUUUAGGAAUUUCAAAAUCACUACUGGGUCAACUCCAGAUGGCACAUUUUAAUCUGAAUGGUACUGUUCAGAAAGAAAGCUACUUACAGUCUAAACUUCAAGAAAUGGAGGAACAUUUAAAAGCAAAAGACAACUUACUAGGGAAGUCUGAAAGCACUUCUAAAGAGCUCGGGGACAAGGUUAAAUCUCUUGAGAAACGGUUGGAGGACUCUGAGUUCCAGCUGUCCAAUUAUACAGCAUCUGCAAAGAAAAGUCAGGAGUUAGAAUCUGAGAUCCUUGAAAUGGAGGAUAUAAUCAAUACGUUGAAGGAAAAGAAUUCUGAAGCAGAAAGAAGAAUUGAUACAGCAGAAACUGAGUGUAAAAUAUUGAAAGAAGCAAAUGUGGAACUUGACAAAGAGCUGAACUUCCUGAAAAGCAGUAGUAGCAUUACUUCUGAGAGGAUAAAUGUGCUUGAAAAACAGCUGAGGGACUCUGAGCUUCGACUUCAGCAUGCAGUUGCAUCUGCUGAAGCUAGUCAGGAGAAGCAAAUCAUGUUGAAUUCUACAAUCCAAGACAUGGAAGAUUUGAUUGAGGAUCUAAAAUCAAAGGUUUCUAAAGCCGAAAGUUUGAUGGAGAGUGCUGAAGAUAAGUGCAUUAUCUUGUCAGAAUCUAACUCAGAUCUCAAUGAAGAAUUAACUUUUGUGAGGGGUAGGUUGGCAUGUUUGGAGUCAUCGUUACGCCAAGCUGAGGAAAUGAAGAAGGCUGCUGCCCGAGAUAUUAACUUCCGCAGUAAAUUGAUAACAGAUCUAAUUUUGCAAUUGGCUCUUGAAAGAGAGAGACUUGAAAAACAGAUUGCUUUGCUGAUAAUGGAAAAUAAGGCCCAGAAGAAGCUUUUUCAGCAAAAGGAUAAAGUUCCUUCGCCAGCUCCCCCAAGUGAUGGCAAAGAUACCAGGGAAUCCAUGCUUCCCAAGGCUGAGCUUUCUGCUGCAACUUCUCCGAAUGAAUGCAAGGAAGAAAUAUCUAAGUUCUCAUCAAUAACUAAUGUGGAAGAGAAUGUUUCUGGAGAUUUUAUGUCGAGUCAGUCAAAAGAGACUGAUUCUUCAACCAGACUUGAUGCCUCGCGGGACAUAGAUGCAAGGCAGCUUAAUUGGAAGUAUGUCCUUACAGCAGUUCUUGUGUUUUUGAUAUCCACAGUGGUAACCUUUUUAAUGCAGAACCAGAGUAUCCAGCUUUGAUAGUACUCGAGAUUUUUGUUAUUCGAUCAAGAGACCCUCGGCAUUAGGCACUCCUCAGAAAUCUUUAGGCCUACCUUCAUCGUGUACUCCCUUACUGUUUGUCACCAGUAGAUAUCACUGUGUAGAGUGAUGUCUUUGCGCAUCUAGUUCAUGGUGAUGAGUAUUAACUUUGGAGCCCGG